AUGCGUUUCCCCGCAGCCGCUAUCUCAGCAGCAGCUCUGCUGGCAGGUUCUGUCAAUGCAGAUGCUCAGUCUGUCCUCAGCGAAGCCAGCUCCUCCGUCUCCAGCGUUGCCAGCGAUGCUUCCUCUGUCGUUGAAUCCGCUACCUCGGGCCCCGAGCUACCAACUUUCACUCCUACAACCAUCAAGGGUGAUUUUGUUGAGCAAUUCACAGACGAUUGGGACGCGCGAUGGAAGCCAUCCCAUGCCAAGAAGGACACCAAAGGCUCCGCUAAAGAAGAUGAGGAAUGGGCAUAUGUUGGAGAAUGGGCUGUUGAAGAGCCACACGUAUACAAGGGAAUGGAAGGCGACAAGGGUCUUGUUGUCAAGAACGCUGCAGCUCACCAUGCCAUCUCAGCCAAGUUCCCCAAGAAAAUAGAUAACAAGGGCAAGACUCUGGUUGUCCAGUACGAGGUCAAGCUCCAAAAUGGUCUCGAAUGUGGUGGAGCUUACUUGAAGCUUCUCCGUGACAACAAAGCUCUUCACCAGGAUGAGUUCUCCAACGUCUCCCCCUACGUUGUCAUGUUCGGUCCCGACAAGUGCGGUACCACCAACAAGGUCCACUUCAUCGUCAACCACAAGAACCCAAAGACUGGCGAGUACGAGGAGAAGCACCUAUCAGCCCCCCCAGCCGCCCGUAUCCUCAAGACCUCCGAGCUCUACACUUUGAUCGUCCACCCUAACAACACUGUUCACAUCAAGUUGAAUGGUGAGCAAGUCAAGGAGGCCAACCUCUUGGAGGACUUCCUUCCUCCAUUCAACCCCCCCGCCGAGAUCGACGACCCUAAAGAUUCCAAGCCUGAUACUUGGAUCGACGAGGCCAGAAUUGCCGACCCUGAGGCGACGAAACCUGAGGACUGGGAUGAGGAUGCGCCAUUCGAGAUCGUUGAUGAGGAGGCUACUAUUCCUGAGGAUUGGUUGGAGACUGAGCCUCUUACUGUCCCUGAUCCAGAAGCAUCCAAGCCAGAAGAUUGGGACGAGGAAGAAGAUGGAGACUGGGUUGCCCCAACUGUCCCUAACCCCAAGUGUGAUGAUGUCUCUGGCUGUGGCAAGUGGGAGAAGCCAACAAUCAAGAACCCAGCAUUCAAGGGCAAGUGGACUGCACCUUACAUUGAUAAUCUAAAUGAACCAAAAGCUGACUAUCCGACUAGCCCUGCGUACAAAGGUGUCUGGGCCCCAAGAAAGAUCAAGAACCCUGCAUUCUUUGAGGACAAGACUCCCGCCAACCUUGAACCAAUGGGAGCAAUUGGUUUCGAAAUCUGGACCAUGCAGAACGACAUCCUCUUCGACAACAUCUACAUUGGUCACUCUGUCGCAGAUGCUGAGAAAUUCGCCCAGGAAACUUUCUUCGAGAAGCACCCUAUCGAGCAACUCAUUGAACUUGCCGAGAAGCCCAAGGUUGAGGAUAAGCCAAAGUCUCCUUCUGACCUCGUCUUUUUGGAUGACCCCGUCCUAUACGUCAAAGAGAAGCUCGACCUGUUCUUCACCAUCGCCCAGAACGACCCCAUCCAGGCCGUCAAGUUCGUCCCUGAAGCCGCCGGUGGUAUUGCCGCAGUUCUCGUCACUCUUAUUGCUAUUAUCGUCGGUGUUGUCUCACUGGGUGGAUCUACCCCACCUCAAGUAAAGAAAGCAGCGGACAAGGCCAAGGCUACUGCCACUGAUGCCAAGGACAAGGUUGCGGAAGCUGUGUCAACUGGAGCUGAGAAGGCUCAGGAAGCUACCAAGCGCGCUACUAGAAGCUCGUCGUAG